AUGCGCGCUGGUGUGGGCCUGAUUGUUGGCGGACUGCUGACGGCACGCGCCGGGCACCCUUUGCGAGAAGUCAUCUUCCAAGAUGCCAAGGAGCGGGUGAAGGAGCUCGCGGUCCAAGUCUCUGGAACUGAGGCCAAGUUCACAACCCUAGAGCACUUGGACUGUGAGGGUCCAGGCUUCAAUGAACUCUGGAAAGUCCUGCGUGAUUUAGCCAGGUUCGAGCUUCCGAGCGACUCUCUACGACCCCUUCGCCAACUGAGAGGCUGGACCGAUGAGUCUUCUCGUGCGGACCUGGGCGAUGCCGGCAUCCCAGCCAUGUCUUUGACUCUGAAGGCUUUGGCGGUCAUGAUGCAUGACGAGUGCCUCAACUCCGCUUUUCAACAUGUCGUGGAGUGGGACUGCUUAUACUUUGAGCUUGGACACCACUCCAGCGGAGCAGAGGGCUGCCAGAAAAGUGCAUAUGAGCACUAUGGCUGGUGGAUCGACUCCAACUUCACAAGCACUGGAGGCCAAGAGCACUUCUGCCACUUCGGCUGUGCUACCGCUUUGGUCCUGACGGCCCUAGCAAGCUUGCAGGAGGACGGCGUGACGGAUCAGAACGCUCGUGCUGUGAUGGAUCAGUUGCAGGUGGCGGAAGCUCUCAUGGGCCGCGGCGGCGACCUGGAUUACGCGAGCUCGUCAAAGUGGGGCGGACAGUUGACAGGACUUGCAGCAGUUCUCAUCGACUACUUAGCCAGCUUGGGUAGCAGCAGCCGCGAAGAAGGGAAGUCAGCCUUGGCCAUUGCCCGUUCCUUGCAGCCCUGUGAUCCGAUCCUUCAACUGGGCUGCUGGGCCAGUCCAGUCUCCACAGGUGAAGGGAUCGAGGCGUGGGGAAGAUCUUGA